CACUAUCUACAGGUGGUAAAGCAGAUACAAAUAGACUAAUCAUGAAAUCUAUUAUUGCACUCACCUUACUGGAAGUAGCAUUUACUCUCACCGCUAUUGAAGGAUUUCCUGCAAAAUCUCAAGAUAAAAACUCGGACAUAGUGAUUUUAAUGGAAACACCAGAUAUGCCAGUAAACCCAAAUUUACACAACAUUCAAAAGAGACAAGCAUUUAUCGAUGAUUAUAACAACGGAGAUCUGUAUGGAUCUCAAACCAUGUAUUAUCCUAUAUAUCGAUACAGAUACAGAAGCAGCAACAGAAGGCGUAUUGACUCAGGAUAUAGAAAACCUUAUUUGAAGCCCAAUUUGUAUUCAUCCCUUUCUGGAUACCAAUCACCAUAUAACGAUGGAGACUAUUUUCCUACAGUGAUUUAGAUGAAACUCAUUUCAUCUAGAAAUGAUUGACUGUCAAUUUACGCUUGUCUUUAGUUUAUUUAUUUUACUAGUAACUAUUUUGUAAUUUAUUUAUUUAUAAAUUAUUUAUGUAUAAAAUAAGACAAA